AUGACAUGGGCAAUGACGGAACUCGCUAGAAACCCUAGAGUGAUGAAGAAAGUUCAAUCUGAAAUCAGAAACCAUAUGGGGAACAGAUCAGUGAUCAGCUUGGAAGACACAGAGCAGUUCCAUUACCUGAAAAUGGUUGUCAAAGAGACAUGGAGGCUACAUCCUACAACACCGAUUCUGCUCCCAAGAGAAGUGAUGUCUGAAUUCGAGAUCAACGGCUACACGGUCCAACCCAAGACACGGCUUCACGUGAAUGUCUGGGCUAUCGGGCGUGAUCCGGAUACCUGGAAAGACCCGGAAGUGUUUCUCCCUGAGAGGUUUAUGGAUAUUGAAAUUGAACCGAAAGGACAGAACUUUGAGCUGUUACCGUUUGGGGGUGGCCGGAGAAUCUGUCCUGCGAUAUACAUGGGGACAUCAAUGGUGGAGUUUGGUCUGGCGAAUCUGUUGUUUCAGUUUGACUGGGAGUUACCAGAAGGCAUGUCGGUCGAGGAUAUCGACAUAGAAGAAGCUCCCGGGCUCACCGUCAACAAGAAAAACGUGCUUAUACUUGUGCCUGUGAAAUUUUAG